AUGUCGGACUUCGUGCCGGAAACUGAUGAAACCGACGAAAUUCCAAUGGAAACAGAAUCUGCACCCGUUCAACGAACCGUUCCGAUAAUCACACAAGCUCCAGUCAUUGACCAAAGUGAGUUUACAACUCGAAAAACCAAGUACUUACUACGUUGAUAUUUUCAGGUUUCACCCGCCGUUUUCUCAAUAACAAAUGGUAUGGGAAGUACGGAGAAGAAGGAGAACUUCUGGAGCACGUGAAGGAAGACUGGGUCCCAGUGGCGGAGGAUCUAGUUGAGUUUUUGAGUCAGCUGUGGUUCGAACAGGAAGAACAGGAAAGAAAUGCAAGUGGAGAUGCUUCCUUUCUUAUAAAGAGCUUUCUGUUUCAGGCGCACAAGCAUUACGACUGGGACGAAGAAAAGAAAGAAUGGGUCCCGAAGGCAAACGCUGAAGAGGAAGUGAAUGAAGACUUCCUCGCAGAGUAUCAGGCGAACUACGGAGUUCAAUACGACGAUAUUUACAGUAAGAGAACUAUUUACAAAAAGUUAGUUUUCAAAAUAAUCUCCAAUCUGCAGAAAAAAUGGACGAAGAGAUUCAAGAGAAAACUGCAAAAGCACAGAAAGAAGACGAAGAAAAGAAGGAGAGAAAGAGAAGGAAGAAGAUGGGAUUGGGAAGUGAAGAUGCCAAUAAAGAAGGUAAAAGAACAGUUAGAAGCCCGGAAAACGGUAGAAUUGCAGGUUGGAUUGAUCUUGGAGACAAAGUGCACGCUGUUUACGUUUCGAAUCUGCCGACUGAUAUCACGGACGAAGAAUUCCAAACGUUCAUGUCGAAGUGCGGAGUCAUCCAACCGGAUAUCCGAACGAAUAAGCCUAAAUGCAAACUGUAUCGAGAUGAGGAUGGAGAUCUGAAAGGAGACGGAAGGUGCUGUUAUAUCAAGAAGGAAUCCGUCGAGCUGGCAUGUAACAUCCUCGACGGAGCACACUUGAAAGGCAAAGACGUGAAAGUGGAAGAGGCUCGUUUUGAAAUGAAAGGAAACUUUGAUCCGACCAAAAAACGUAAGAAGUUAUCGGCGGCACAGAAAAAACGGUACAUAGAGCAGCAGAAUAAGUGUGUUUUUUCCCAAUUAUACUUUCGAAAUAAGUUUUCUUUUUAGAAUCUUCGAGUGGACUCCGGAUAAACCACGUAACUACCGCCCGAAGUCAGACUGCACGGUCAUCGUCAAAAAUCUUUUCACUUUGGAGAUGAUGGCCAAGAACGCCGCUCUGAUGCUCGAUCUGAAGGAAGAAAUGCAGCAAAGCUGUCAGAAGUACGGAGCUGUCAAAAAAGUUGUCGUUUACGAUGCGAGUCCCUUUCAAUUCCAUUUAUCAAUUCCAAUAAUGUUAAAUUUCAGAAUCAUCCAGAUGGUGUUGUAUCGGUAACAUUCCCGACGACCGAAGAAUCGGAUAAUGCUGUCAAAUAUCUGAAUGGACGCGUUGUCGACGGAAGAAAACUGACGGCUGAACUGUGGGACGGAAAGACCAAAUAUAAAGUGGAAGAGACGGAAGAAGACGAAGAAAGAAGACGGGCCGAGUUCGAAAAGUUUAUCAGUGGAAAGAACGAAGAAGACGAGGAAUGA